GGCGGAGUACCGCACGCACGUCUGCCUCAGUGGUACAGGAGUGCUGAGACGGAGAGAGAGGAGGCGGAGAGGGCAGAGAUGGAGGCGGAGGAGGAGGAAGGGGAUAAGAAUGCAGUGGCAGUGGAGGAGGAGGAGGAGGAGGAAGAAGUGUACGAAGAGUCUUUGCGAAGACGCCGGGCGCAGGCAGAACUCGAAAGGCACUAUCGACGUCUUGAACAACCGACAGUGCCUCAGAUGCAUGGGAGACCAUACUCAGCCACUACAUUCCUUCCGCCUCCCUGCAUACCCGCUGGAGUACCCGUUGCUCACAAGCCCUCAGUAAAGUCGACUGCUGAGAAGCCGCCGUUACUGUCAACGCCACUGUCACCUACACCCCAGGCCGCCAUUCCUGGCGUAAAUCAGUGGCGACGCGCUUACUUUCAAGGUUUUUUCAGUCACGUCACCAUGCCGACUUUUCAGCGAGCUCCUGACUGA